AUGGCCAAUAAACUAGCAAUUUCUAGCGUAUCCCUGAGUCAAUACCCAGGCCACACCCUCGACCACAAAAUCCGCGCCGCAUCCCAAGCCGGCAUUACAGGAAUCGAAAUAGUCUACAAUGACCUGCUUAUCUAUAGCAAAGCCCAAAAGAUCUCCAUCCAAGCUGGAGCCCAAAAGAUCUACACCCUCUGCCUGGAAACAAACCUUCAAGUUCUCUCUCUAGCACCCUUCGAAAACUACGAGGGCUCAACAACCCCCGUAGAAGAAAGACUCGCACUUGCCCAACACUGGCUUGAACUAGCCCGUCUGUUACAUGCACCAUACCUCCAAGUCCCAUCAAUCUACACUCCGGACUGUACACGCGAUGAAAAGACAAUCAUCUCAGACCUCCAGCAGCUAGCUGAUCUAGCCAGCUCCAUAAAGCCAAUAAUAUCAAUCGCCUAUGAACCUUUGUCAUGGGGAACAAAUUGCUCAACCUGGGAAACCGCACUGUCAAUCGUGCAGCGGGUCGACCGUCCAAAUUUUGGACUGUGUUUGGAUACAUUCCAUGAAGGGACGCGGUUAUGGGGGGAUAAUGCUUCUUCGACGGGGAUGCAGAUGGAUGCGGAGACGAAAUUGCGGGAUUCGCUAAGGAGGUUUGUGAGGGAUUGUCCAUUGGAGAAGAUUUUCUAUGUGCAGCUUUCUGAUGCGGAGCGGUUUGAACCGCCUUAUUCACUGGCACAUCCGUGGGCCUUGCCCGGUGAGGCGAAGGAGUUUACUUGGUCCAAGCAUGCGAGGCCUUUUCCUUUGGAGGUUGAGUUGGGGGCGUAUUUGCCUGUUGUUGAGAUUGCUAGGGCGUGGAUUGUUGAGGUUGGGUUUGAAGGGUGGGUUUCUAUGGAGGUGUUUGAUCGGCGAAUGAACGAGGGGAGGGUUAGUCCUGAGAUGGCGGCUAGAAGGGCAGUUGAGUCUUGGAGAAAGGUUCAAGUGGAGAUGAAAAGUAAGUCGAGGCUUUGA